AUGGCAAAGCGGGCACGCCCUCAGCGUCCGGCGGCGGGAGCACGCGGAGCAGCGGCCAAGGGGGGGAACAACCAGCAGGGCAUCAUGAGGUUCUAUACGGAUGACGCCCCCGGCCUACGCAUCGGCCCCACGGUGGUGUUAGUAUUUUCCUUGGCGUUCAUCGGCUGUGUCGUACUCCUUCACAUCUGGGGAAAGUUCAAGGGAUGA